CGUUAUCAUUCCGGGCAGUUUCGGAGUGUCGACCGGUGGUGUUGGGUGUGCAUGUCGGUACCGCUCGGGCAGCGCCGUUGUGGUGUUUAGCGGUUUUAAAUGUAGCGAUUGCAUAUCUGCGAUGCAGGCUGUUUAUCUUUAGUAAAUCUCGUUGGAAGCCAAGAGCUUCGGUGCUUUGUUAUGUGCCGCGGUCUACUCUGAUAUUCGUCUCGCAACGUCUGUUCUAUCGUCGGAGCAAUGUCACCACGGAUUUUCAGCAUGUGUACGCCGCUAGCUUUCUCACUCAUAGUCAUUUUACUACUUAUCAACCCUGCAAACUCUUGGGGAGGGGGGAAGAAAGUGAAACUCAAGGACGUUGAAGUGCUCACACUGCGGCAUGGCCAGUACACAACAGGCCGCAGGUCGAGCCCUGUGCCUCAGCUGAAGUGCCUCGGCGGCAGUGCAGGUUGCCAAGACCCACCUGCUGUGGUUCAGUGCUACAACCGAGGGAGUGAUGGCUACAGCACUCAGUGGGAGUGCAAAGCUGACAUGAGCCAGUCUCAAAAGUUCGGAACUGUUGAAGUGACAUGCGAAGGCUACGAUUAUGCUGAUGAUGACUACAUCCUGGCAGGAUCAUGUGGUUUGGAGUACCGCUUAGAGAAGACUGGAUAUGGUGCUGGCUCAUCGUGGAAACAUUCAGCCUACACCAGCCACUCCAAGUCUGGUUCAACCUUCCAAACAAUCCUCUUCCUCGGCGCUGCUGCCUUUAUCAUCUUUGUCAUCUACCGGAACUGCCUCGCUCCAGGGCAGCUGAAUGAUGGCCCUCCAGGCUAUGAUGACGAUCCGCCACCCGACUAUCCAGGCUCGCCUAGAGGAGGCUUUUUUGGCGGUGGCGGCGGGGGUGGUGGCACGCCUCCACCUCCAGGCUUCAGGCCCCAGUAUCAGACGGGUGCAGGCUGUGGCUCGGCUCCUGGCUAUAGUUCUACUGGUGGCUUGGGGGGAGGUGGUUUCUGGACUGGGGCUGCCGCAGGUGGCCUGCUGGGUUAUCUCAUGCGAAACCGCAAUAACGCAGGCUACAGGACUGCUUAUGGCUACCCCAGUGAAGGCACAUUUGGCUCAUCUUCGUCAUUUGGCUCACCUUCGUCAUUUGGUGGACCCUCGACAUCAAGUGGUACACAUUCGUCCAGUGGUUUCGGAGGCACACGACGAAGGUAAUCAAAACAGUGGCCAACCGAAAUUGUGACGCUCAUCUUCAUCAAGUUCUGAUCUCGCCAUUGGAAUGACCCUAAAUCAUGCCAUCAAAAUAAAAUUAUCUUGUCUUUCUGUGUA